AUGGACGCACGUGCGGCGGCAUUUGUCGCGAACAAGAAACGAGCAAUGGGCAGCGAGCAAAGGACGCAGCUGGAGGACGGCGAAGGGGCCGCGCAGGGGCUGCGCUGGGCGGCCCGGCGCGCUGCGGCCCCGCAGGCCCGCUCGCUGCAGGCCGCCCUCGCGGCCGAGGCUCGGCUCGCGCUGGCGGGCUGCGGCGCGGAGACGAAGGGCGGCUCUGCGCGAGGGCGCGGGCCUUCUGGCGGCGAAGGGGCCCCUCAUGGGCCAGUCGGCGGCGUGCUCGCAGGACUGCAGCUGCGCAGGCGACGAGUGGCUUGCCGUGCAGAAGGGCGCCGCGCUGGGGGCGAACGGGGUGCCGUCCUUCCUGAGG